UGGUCCGUUGUUGCAAUUCAAAGUAUUUUGUUUUUAAUAUAUACAACAAAGUCAUAUUUAAACAUAUAUGAUGAUGUUCAUUGUUCUCUUUUGACAAUUCAAACCUUGGCAUUUCUUGAGAUAGUUCAUGCAGCUUUGGGGUUAGUGAGAUCUGAUCCUGUAAUCACAACAUUCCAAAUCUCUUCAAGAGUUUUCCUUCUUUGGGGAGUUGCCAAUUUAGUUGAUGAAUCAAACAAACAAGUUGGUUUCUUGAUGUUGCUGUUUGCUUGGACUCUGACAGAGCUCAUCAGAUAUUUAUUUUACCUUUGUGCUCUUCUGAAUAAAGUACCAUACCUACUCACUUAUGCCAGGUACACACUGUUCAUCGCUUUGUAUCCUAUUGGAGUCACCGGUGAGUUGCUGACCAUAUACAAUGCAUUGCCCCUGGUGAAUGAGCGCGGAAUCUUGACCAUCUCCCUGCCCAAUUCAUUCAACAUCAGCUUCAGUUAUUGCUACUUUUUGAUCUUCGUCAUGCUUACAUAUAUACCAGUUUUCCCUCCUUUGUACCUACACAUGUUCGCUCAGAGGAAAAAGGUUCUGAAUGCCAAACCAGAGAAAAAGUUUAACUGA